GAAAACAUGAAUGAUGUUUGUUUUCUUAACGGGGAUGUAAACCAGCCAGGAAUUGCAGUUUGCAACGUAAUAUGUCUGGUUUUUAGAGAUGUCUUCAUAUUCUAAUCAUCAGUCAGAGUACUAUGGUCGUAGCAAAUGGUUACCACAUUUGGAACGACUGCUAUCUGCGAGUUGCAUUGCAUGGUGUCUACAAGCUUCUUUUAAGGAACAUUCUAAAUCGGCGACGAUAGCUUAUGUCGGAGGUGCAUCAAGCAUUUAUGUCACGGAUUUUUUCCUGAGGCGUCUUGCAUCUCGUUCGUCAAACAGGGGGAUACUACGAGCUGGUGGAUUUUUAUUUGCUGUUGGAAUCUCAUGGUGUCUUAACAAAGCUUUCAAGGAGCAUCCGCAAGCGGCAAUGAAAGCCUUCUUGGCAGGUGCGUUAAGCACGUGCCUUGGAAAAGCCAUCAUUUUUGGCGAUCCAUUGGCAUCUUGGGAAGAAAGUCGAAGACCCAAACCACCUGAAAAGAAAGUACCUGAAGUUUCUGAUAUGUAUUAUCACUAUGCUGCUGUUCCUGUGCGAUUACAGAAAAAUGUAGAAGACGCUGCGAAAAUAUUGAGAAAAAUUUCUCAGGAAUUUCAUAGUAUUAAAAUCGGAGAGGGGAUAUAGACCAUUUACAGGAGAGUUAGACUUCCAUCCCUGAUAAAUUGCCGUAGGAGAAUUGGAGAAUUUAACUUUUAAUUUAGAAAUAUUUUUUGUCAUAUAAAUCAAGAGACAAUAACGAUUUACUUAAUAGAACAUCUCUAUUGAAUCAUUUUAUCGCUUCAGUAUAUAAAUUCAUAUCGACUUUAUUGCUUUUAUCGAAAACUGGACCAGCAAUUUAUUCAUUUCAUUAAACAAACUGUUACUUAGUUAAAAUGAAAUUCAACAUUCGCAUGUAAGGUAAAAGUAAAAGAUUCGCUUUAUUUUAAUUUUUUUUUUAAUUUGUUUGAUUCGCAUUAUUUUUAAGAAU